AACCAAACUGAUAACCACGCUCGCUCGAAGGGAUCGGUAAAUACCAAUCCAAAAUGGUAAAUAUAAUACCAUUUUCAUUUGGUUAUUCCAUGGUUAUUCGAAUAUUCGCUUGAGUUUGAUUAUGAUUCAGAUAACCUCAUUUUUGCUGUUACUUUGAAAAAAUCUUUUUCAAUUCAAUUGUAAACACAAAUUUAAUAAAGACAGCUAUUUUUAAAAUAAUGGGUGAUCAAGAGCAGUUUACGGAAGAAGAACUCAAAUUACCAUCUUGCAAAUACGAAUAUCUGGACCAUACAGCGGACGUACAACUACACGCUUGGGGAAACAGUCUCAAAGAAGCUUUUGAACAAUGUGGGAUAGCAAUGUUUGGAUACAUGACGGAGCUCCACACUGUAGAAAUAAAACAGUCUUCAGAAAUCGAAGCUACAGGCCAUGAUUUGGAGAGUUUAUUAUUCCACUUUUUGGAUGAACUUUUAUUUUUAUUUAGCUGUGAACCAUUCCUCAUAUGUAGCAAAGUCACUAUAACAGACUUCAAUACUGAGGGAGAAGAGAUGAGCUUAAAGUGUAAAUGUUAUGGGGAGGAAUUCACACUGGGGAAACAUCCUCAAGGGACGGAGGUGAAGGCUAUCACAUAUUCUGCAAUGCAGAUCGUCAAUGAUCCAGAAACCAAAAAGUUUGAGGUUUUUGUUAUUAUUGAUAUAUGAGAUAGGUAUAGCUGCUUUCAAUUUAAAUGUUGAUGUUUUAAUGUAAUGUGAUUUUUACAUUCAUUUUUUAACUGUAAAUAAAUUAAGAUAAUCGUGAUAAUUCCACAUCCAUUAAUUUAUCACAAAAACAGAAUUGUAGUUAAAAAUCUUGAAUUGGUCAAAUAGUUCUGUUCUUGACAUUGGGAGUUAAUAUGAGAAAUUCAAAUUGUUCCUUUUUUUGGUACUGCAAGUAAAAACUAGAAAAUUUACCCACGAUCUUAUUUUCAGUCUAUGUCCAAUAUCAUUUUAUUUGAGACUUGAUAAUUGGAUUGAAUUAAACAUAAUUUUGAGAAAUAUAGAGUUUUAGAAGCAAAAAAAACAUUUGGUUGAAAUCUAUUGAAACUACUCAAUUUGAAGUGGUAUACCAACAAAUUUCAAUCCUCAAAGUUUGACAAUGUCUGAAUAUCGUAGGUGGUAGAUGGUAUCUGACUACCGAACGCGAGAUGGUAUCUGACUAUCGAACAAGACAGGGGCCAGAAUGCAUGUACGCAUGUUCCCUCACUAGAGUCUGUGUGGUGUCCCCCCUUUUCCUAUGUUACCCUCUAUAGCCCAUGGGUGUUUAGGACUUGGUGGUUGUUCAAGAAUAAAAAAAUGAAAUGGAAUAGA